AUGGAGGCGGUGGCAGACAAGUACCAGCCGCUGUUCCCGAACGGCGGCGUGGCCGCGGCGGCCAAGAAGACGGCGAGGCUCGGGGCGGCAGCGGCGAUGGCGGCCGACGGCGAGACGGCGGGGGUGUACCGGGAGUGCCUCAAGAACCACGCGGCGAGCCUGGGCGGCCACGCGCUGGACGGGUGCGGCGAGUUCAUGCCGUCGCCGGAGGCCGACCCGGCAGACCCGAGCUCGCUCAGGUGCGCCGCGUGCGGAUGCCACCGCAACUUCCACCGCCAGCUCGCCGAGCUGCCGCCGCCGCCGCCUCUCCUCGCCUUGCCGCCGCCGCCGCCACCGCCACCGCCACCACUGGCGCUGGACGACCGCCUGCCGGCCUCCUUCGACGAGGAGACCGAGGAGGAGUCGGACGAGGGCUCGGAUUUCGACGAGGACCGCCCGCUGUCUCCACCGCCGCCUCCCGCCUCCCUGGGCCCGAUGCCAGCGGCGCCCGGGACCGUUCCCGGUGCGGCGGCGGCGAGGAAGCGGUUCCGCACCAAGUUCAGCCCGGAGCAGAAGCAGCGGAUGCAGGCCCUGUCGGAGCGGCUGGGCUGGCGGCUGCAGAAGCGCGACGAGGCCGUGGUGGACGAGUGCUGCCAGGAGAUGGGCGUCACCAAGGGCGUCUUCAAGGUCUGGAUGCACAACAACAAGCACAACUUCGUCGGCGGCCACAGCGCGCGCCGCAGCGCCUCAGCCUCAGCGUCUGCUGCAGCAGCCACGGCCGCCAACGCGGCCAUCCACCACCAUCCGUCCGACGCCACCGCCGGUGCUGUCUACCCUUCCUCCUCCCACGCCGCCGCCCCAGCACCACCAGCCGCCGCUGUCCACCACCCUUCCGCGCACGCCGCCCCACCGCCCCACCGCCCGCGCCUGUCCACGCUGACUUCAACAUCAACGGCACCGCGGCCACCGACGCCGCCGACUACUUCCACGUCCAGCCGUCGACGGCGAGUGGCGGCUCUCCGCAGUCGUCCUAGUCAAGUUAGUGCUAAUCAGUCAUGGUUACUUGUAGCCUCGUGUCUAAUUAACCAACCCUAG